AUGAUGAUUGAACAAACAAAACAAUACGUAGAAGACAAAUACACCAUGGAAAAUGGUUACAAGUGUAAUUCUAAGGUCAUAUAUGGUGAUACAGAUUCUGUGAUGUGUAAAUUUGGGGUGGAAAGUGUUGCGGAAGCUAUGGAACUUGGUAAAGAAGCAGCCGAAUAUAUUUCAAGUAAAUUUAUUAACCCCAUCAAGCUGGAAUUUGAAAAGGUUUAUUUUCCUUACCUGUUGAUCAGCAAGAAACGCUAUGCAGGUUUGUAUUGGACGAAAGCUGAGAAGCAUGAUAAGAUGGACUGCAAAGGGAUUGAAACCGUGCGUCGAGACAACUCCCCAUUGGUAGCAAACCUCAUCAACUCCUGUCUUCAAAAAAUCCUUAUUGAAAGGAACCCAGAUGGCGCUGUGGAAUAUGCCAAGCAGACCAUAUCUGACCUCUUGUGCAAUCGCAUCGAUAUUUCCCAAUUGGUGAUCACGAAGGAACUGACGAAAUCGGACAAUGAAUAUGCUGCCAAACAGGCCCAUGUGGAACUUGCCAACCGAAUCAAGAAGAGGAAUCCUGGAAUUGCCCCCCAACUUGGUGAUCGUGUACCUUAUGUGAUUAUAGCUGCUCCAAAGAAUACGGCUGCCUACCUCAAAUCAGAAGAUCCAAUUUAUGUAUUGGAAAACAACAUUCCCAUUGAUACGCAGUAUUACCUCGAUAACCAAUUGUCAAAACCAUUGCUUCGGAUAUUUGAACCAAUCCUUGGAGAGAAAAAAGCUGAAUCAGUUUUACUCAGAGGUGAUCAUACCCGAACUAAAACUGUAGUCAUGUCCAAAAUUGGUGGAUUGGCAGCAUUUACCAAAAAGAAAAGUACCUGCAUUGGUUGCAAGGCUGUUCUUGAUAACAACAGUGCUGUAUGCAAACACUGCAAAAAACAGGAAUCAGAAAUUUACCAAAAAGAAAUUUGUCACUUGUCUGCCCUUGAGGAGAGAUUUUCUCGUCUCUGGACCCAGUGCCAAAGAUGCCAAGGCAAAACUGCUUGUAAAAUAGGAAUUUCUAAAAUUUGUUUCCUCUUUUCUUUUCAUUUCUUUUUCCUUUCCAUUUUCUUUUUUCCUUCCUUUUUCUUUUUGUUACUUUUUUCCUUCCUUUUUCUUUUUGUUUCCUUCCUUUUUCUUUUUGUUUCCUUCCUUUUUUUUUUUUUGUUUCCUUCCUUUUUCUUUUCGUUUCUUUCCUUUUUCGUUUCGUUUCCUUCUUUUUUCUUUUCAUUACUUUUUCAUUCCUUUUUGUUUCUCUUUUUUCAUUCCUUUUUUCUUUUCGUUCUUCAUUUUCUUCCUCUUCAUCUGUUCUUGUUCUCGUUUGUUCCUUUUUACAUUCUUUUUCUUUCUUUUUCAUUUCUUUCUUUCUUUUCCUUCUUGUUCAUAUCUUUUCUUCCAUCCCUCUUUUUCCUUCAUUUCUGGUUCUUUUCCUUUUGUUUUUUUCCUUCUUUCAUAUUUUUCCUUUUUCGUUUACCCCUAAUCUUUUUUUUAUUUCUUGUUCUACUUUUCCUUUAUUUCUUUCCCUCUUCCUCAUCCAUAACUUUUUUCCACUUUCUACUAUUUUUUUCUUUUUUAAAUUCAUUAUGGAUCGCCCUUUUCUUUCUCUCUCUGAUCACCCCUUGCAUUUUUCUCUCUCUCUCUCUCGGAUCACCCAUUUCCUUUUUCUCUCUCUCUGAUCACCCCUUUCCUUUUUCUCUCUCUCUCUCUGAUCACCCCUUUCCUUUUUCUCUCUCUCUCUCUCAUCACCCCUUUCCUUUCUCUCUCUCUCUCUCUCUGAACAUUUUGCUUUCUCUCUCUGAACAUUCCUUUGCUUUCUCUCCCUCUCUCUGA